CACACUAAAUUUGGGAAAGAGAGAAAAAACUUGUGAAAACGUGGACUACUGUACAAAAAACGAAGGGCCGUUGAAAAGCAAAGGACAUCAGUGAUACUACGAAUGUCCCACAGUAGCAGUACCCAUUCACUGACUGCACGUCGUAAUCCUGACAGUAACAGCUUAACAAAUUUUGUCUUCGCUCAACAUGUCUCUCUUUACAUGUUUGAGCUGCCACGUUGCAUAUCAGAAUGCCGACGGACAAAAGGAACAUUUUCGAUCGGACUGGCAUCGGUAUAAUUUAAUGAGAAAAGUUGCCGAUCUGCCCCCUGUAUCCGAAGAGACCUUCAAUGCUCGUGCUCAACAAGCUGAGACUCAAAUAGCGCAGCAGUCACAAAGUAAAGAAGAAAAGAAGAGGUAUUGCAAACCCUGUGGCAAGUCAUUUGCUAAUCAGAUGUCUUUUGAUAAUCAUAUGCAUUCCAGGAAACAUAAUGAGAAUGUAGCUAUUUUUACUGAAGAAUCUAACAACAGAAAGAACCUUGCCAUCCAGAAGAACCAACAAAUGGAGGUAGAUGGUGAUGAUUGUGAAGAGGAACAAAGUAAGGAAGCUAAAGUGAAUUGCAGAGUGUGCAAUUGCUCUUUUGCCAAUCAAGUAGCCUACUAUAAUCACGUGAAGUCCCAGCAACACAUGGUGAAGAGUGCUGCGCUUGAUGAUCCACAGAAAUCCAAAAGGGCAAGUAAAGGAGCAGCUCAUGGUAGCAAGUAUGUGAGUGAAGAUACUGAUGACAGUAGUGAAUAUGAAGAGGUUGAAUGGGAAGGUGAUGCAAUAGAAUUGAAGGAUUGCCUCUUUUGUUCUCACCAUUCUGCUUCCUUAAAGAAAAAGCUGGAGCACAUGAGCAAUCAGCAUUCCUUCUUUAUACCUGACCUGGAGUAUUGCACUGAUGUAGUGGGGUUGUUAACUUAUCUUGGAGAAAAGAUUGGUUGUGGGUAUGAAUGCAUAGCUUGUAGUUGGGUUGGAAAUCGCUGUCCUACUUUGGAUGCAGUUCAGAAACAUAUGAAGGAUAAAAGUCACUGCUUUAUGAAUAUAGAAGGAGAUAAGAUAUUGGAGUAUGAAGAUUUUUAUGAUUAUUCAUCCACAUACCCAGAUGCAGGAAAUCAAAGGAUCUUAAGUUCAUGCAGAAAGUAAGAAGUCAUCAAAAUAUGAAACUUGGAGUAAAAGCUAAUAAGUUACAACAUCAUUUCCGACAGCAGAAUCCAUUGUAAAAAGGAUACAUU